UUGCGCAGGCGAUGGCGCGGCGCGGCCUCGGCGCGGUGACGUCGCCCGCCGUGGUGCGCGAGCUCUCCUCUUCGCGCGUGCUCGUCACAGAGUGGGUCGACGGCACGCGACUCGACCUCGACGCGUCGCCCGACGUGCCGCGCCUCUGCGGGGUGGCGAUCAACGCGUACCUGACGAUGCUCCUCGACACGGGCCUCUGCAUCCUCGACUGGGGCAUGACGCUGGGCGUGCCGCAGGAUUUGCAGUACUCUCUGAUUGAGUUCAUCGCGCACGUCAACGCCGAAGACUACGCCGCUAUGCCGGACGACUUUGUCCGGCUCGGCUUUACGCCACCGGAGCAACUCGAGCGGGUGCGAGCCUCCAACCUGACCGAGGGCCUUUCCUUCGUCUUGCGGCAGCUCUCGCAAGGCGGGGGAGGCAAGAAGCUGCAGGCGCGCGUGCGGGACGAGUGGCGCGAGCAGUACGACCCCGGCGGCUUGCUCAGCAAGGAGGAGCUGCGCGCCAAGGUGCGCGAGGGGUUCUACGCGCAGGCGCGCACGCAGCUCGAGGCGGACGGGGUCGAGGGCGCGAGCGUGAUGGACGUGCAGAAUGUGAUGGAGAAGAUGCAGCAGCGCAACCGCGAGCUCUUCCAGGUGCCGCCGUACAUCCUCUACGUCGCGCGCGCCUUCUCCACCCUCGAGGGGAUCGGCCUCUCCUCCAACGAGGACUACUCCAUCGCCUUCCCGUACCUCUCCAAGCGCCUGCUCACCGACGACUCGCCGCGCGCAAAGGCCGCACUCCGCUCGAUGGUCUACGGCGCCGAGGACAAGGACGCCUCCAACGCGACGCCGAACCUCAGCAAGGUGCUCUCCAUGGGCGACGGAUUCACCUCCUACUCCUCCGCCACCGCCGCCGUGCCGCAGGCUGCGGCGCCUCCCGCGGCCGGCAAGGCGGCCUCGCCCGCCCCCGCCGACGCCGCCCCCGCCGCGCCGCCGCCCGGUGCCGCCGCCGCGCCGCCGCCAGCCAGCGGCGGCGCGGACGCGGCGCAGGAGGAGCUGGUCGAUCUGCUCCUCUCGGCGGACGGCGGCUACGUGCAGGAGCUGCUGCUCGAGGAGGCGGCCAAGCUGGCCGACGCCGCGGUGCGCGACACGAUCGCGCAGGCGGGGCCGGCGGCAGCGGCGCUGCCCGCGGGCCUUGCAUGAGCCGAUUCGGGUCUCUUCCUCUCAGGCGGGCAGCUCGGCGGUGGCGUCGCGCGUGGCGGAGGCCCUCCGUGCGCCAAAGGCGAUCGCCGACUCGACGGUCGGCUCGCUGCCCCUGCCCGGCCCCCUCCGCUCGCUGUACGAGGCGGCGCUGCUGCCGGCGACCGUCCUCGACGAGGUGACGCGCCUGCUGCCGGCGCUUGCGCGGCGCAGCGACCUCGACGCCGAGACGCUCGCCUCGUUCGGCAGCCUCUGGGACAAGCUCUCCGAUGCGGGCGGCGAGGGAGUCGAAACGAAGCAGGCGGCGGAGGGCGAUGCGGCGGGGCUGGUGCCGCCAUCGCUCGCCAGUGUGCAGAGCAGCGCGGGCCCGCUCAUCGAGGAGCUCUCUGACCCGCACUCGAAGCUGCGCCACCGUUUGCCCGCCAUCGGAGCCCUCUCGCGCCGCUUUGGCGCGCUGCUGCUCCGCCGCGUCGCGGCGCGCCUCGAGGCGGACGCAGACGCGCCGGACGCGCCCGGGAUCGCGCGCCCGCUCGCGGAGCGUGCGGCGGAGAUCGACCGCAGUUUGGCGGCCGUGAUUGAGCCGGAGGCGGGGGCGACGGGAACCGGCGAGAAGGCGCGGGUGAAGGGGUGACACACGGGCGAGCGACCGCACGCGGCGCGCGGGGCGAGAGGAGAGAUACUCGUUGGGACUCCACACGAGUGGGGUAGUACAGGUAGAGGGGUGAAAGGUGUUUUUUCGUCUCAAAGCACUUUG